AUGGGCUCAUGGAGUAAAAUCCUGGGCUUCCUGCACGGUGGGAAUGAAUCUAAGCGGCCGAAGUUCUUGGAGAUAAGAUCGGCGAGAUGGUUUAUUCUAUUUACCGUCUCUUUUGCUGCAUGCACGGAUAUCUUCAUGUAUGGACUGAUCGUGCCUGUUACGCCUACAGCCUUGGAGCGCAGAGUUGGUCUCGCGGAAAAUAAAGUUCAAACCUGGACAUCAGUUCUCCUGGCAUUGUACUCUGCAGCAUUGCUUGCCUUUUCUCCUAUAAUAGGUUAUCUCGCUGAUCGAUCCGGGUCUCGAAGAUGGCCGUUCCUCGUCGGUCUAGUCCUUCUAGCUGCCGCGACUGCAUUACUUUGUGUUGGAACCAAUAUUGGUCUUUGGAUUGCGGGCCGUCUGUUCCAAGGUGCCGCCGCAGCUGUCGUUUGGACUGUUGGCAUCGCACUGCUGGUGGACACUGUUGGUAAAGAAGGCUUGGGGCAGGCUAUUGGAUAUGUGUCUAUGUCUCUAAGUAUUGGCACACUAGCUGGUCCACUUCUAGGUGGUGUCCUCUACCAACAUGGUGGAUACUAUUCUGUCUUUGGUCUUGCCUUUGGUUUGAUCGGUGUCGAUAUCCUUCUACGGUUGGUGUUGAUCGAGAAGAAACAUGCUGCACGAUGGCUCACGCCUGAGACAAGGCCAUUAUCGCCGGAGCAGAAUGGCGGGGAAAAGACACCGACGGAGGCUGCAUCCGAAUCUUCAGUGAUGGGGAAUAGCUCACUAUCUGACACGUCCGAAAAGAAGUCAACCAAGGCUCGAAGUCCCCUUGGACAGGCCAUGACUCUGCUGAGCUCUCCUCGUCUGAUUGUCUCGCUCUGGGGAUACUUUAUUGUGUCUUUGGUUUUGACCUCCUUCGACAGUGUCCUUCCUCUUUUCGUGCAGGAAACUUUCGGUUGGGAGCAGACGGGUCAAGGUCUCAUCUUCAUCCCGAUGAUGGUCCCCCAUCUUACCGACCCCAUAACCGGGUAUAUCAUUGAUAAAUACCCACGUUCACCCCGUUAUCUUGCCACGGGAGCAUUCAUCGGUGCUGUUCCGGUUGCCGUUCUCCUGCGACUAGUGACCGACAACACGAUGCAUCACAAGGUCAUUCUUUGUGUUUUGUUAGCGUUACUCGGGCUGUGUCUGGCCGUUGCCAUGCCGCCUCUUGUCACAGAGGUCUUCCAUGCCGUCAAGGAAAAAGAAGACGAGUCACCCGAUAGUUUUGGCCGUGGCGGUGCCAUGGCGCUCGCAUUCGGUGUGUCCAAUAUGGGCUUUGCGGCGGGCAGUCUGAUCGGACCGUUCUUUGCAGGAUUUAUCCGGCAGGAUGCUGGUUGGGGAACUAUGGGAUGGGCCAUGGGUCUUAUUACUGGUGUUUCUGCAAUCCCGGUUUUGUUAUUCAUUGGAGGCUGGAUUGGUAAGAAGCCGUCUCCUCCAACGGAACAAGAUCAAUCGAUACCGGAGUAG